AUGUCGGAAUCUGGAAAGCACCACCUGCUACUUGGUGUGCCUUCCUCGACAAAAGAAUAUGCGUACCUGCCAAACUGCUUUAGAAAUGUCUACCAAAAACACUGGGACAUGCUGGAAAAAGACAAGACGAGUGAAGAGUCGCCAUACAUAAUCUUCACAGGUGUUGAUAACGAGACAUUUUCCCGAGACUUCGAAGAAGGAGGCAAUCACUGCGACACGUAUAUACCAUCUUUGGGUCUGGUACUGGUUGAUAUGAUCACUCCACAGCAUGAGCGUGCCCAUAGGCAGCUGGACAAGAUAAUACAAUGGCACAUAAACGAGUUUGCGAACGGAAUCGAUGACGGACUUCAAUACACUGGGCAAGCAAGUCGCACGUCCGAAGAUCGCGAAAAAAGACCCGACACGUCCUACCAACCAGUAUACCUUCCUUCUGGAAGAUCUGACAAAUGGCCAUCGCUUGUCAUCGAAGCCGGGUGGUCGGAAACAAGAGCAAAGCUGGAACAUGAUGCCCGUUGGUGGAUUGGCGCAUCAAAAGGGGACGUUAAGGGCGUUAUAACGGCAGCAGUACAGCAAGGAUCACGGUCAAUUAUACUUGAGUACUGGCAUUCCGUCCUAAGCCCAUUGCGAAGCGACCCGGACAAAAGAGUCAUUAAAUUGACCCAUCGUACGACAAUAUCCCAGGGAAACAAAAACAGUCCUAUACAGGUCUCCAAUGUGCCGUUCAUAAUACCCUUUGAGGACAUGUUUCUACGCGGUGCUGACGCCAAUACGAAAGAAUAUGACAUAGUUAUCUCAAGGGAGGAGUUGGAACUGUAUGCGAUUCGUGUUUGGAAGGAUUAG